CCAGCUAUCCCUGGAUAUUCUAUUCCGACCGCCAACAGUCCUCCAAGUCUUGAUCUCUUGACGGCUGUGCGAUAUCUGAAAAAUCUAGACCUGUUUCUCAGGUCACUUGUCAUUGUACACGCUCACGAGAAAAGUGAUGAUGCCACAGGGGUUACGAAUGCACGAUAG